CUGAUCAUUAAAGUCAAGAUCACAAUUAAUCCAAGGAAAUUUCUAAAGGAAUUUACAACUGUCGUACCUAAAUGUGACUAUUCUACCGUUCACCAGAAUAGACUUAUACCGAAGCAAGAUAUAUAGUUUACAGACAUCAGAAACAUGAAGACAUUAAAUGUAUGAUAUGGUGUUAUGAACAUAUUUAAUAACGUUGGUUCAAUAGUGUGUUGUCAAAAAAAGUCAUGGCAGCCAUCUCGUACUGUCCUAAACUAUCAGGACCGAAAUUCAAGAAUUGGAUUACGGCUGGGUUAGCUGUGUUGUUUACCAAAGAAGGUAUUGAGCCAACCGUUUAUGAUGAAAUAGAACGGUUUCAACAGAAAUGUUUGAGCGACAUUUGCAACAAUAAUGGACUUCCUGCUGGUGCCACGUGUUCUAGUUGUUGCACAGAAAAUGUUGUUGUUUGUCCAACAAAUAGAAUUUGUAAUGUAGGACGUGGGCAAUGCAGCUUCCAUAGAAAUUCUGCCACGCAGUAUCUUGCAUCUGGUUGCCCUAAUAAGAUAUGUCAUAAUUUUAAAAACGAAAUCCAGAGCGCUCAUAGAUUUUACGGUCCAUCCUAUAAAAACACUGAUGCUACCCAGUGGUGCAGCAACCCAUGGGAAGUUGCUAAAUGUUUCAUGCCGCCAGACGGAUACAAAGAUGUGACGAGUGCAGCAGAGACUGACUUCAAUGGAAUCAUCAGUGUUAUUAAAAACUAUAAAGAAUUUCAGUCAAAAGUGAACGACAACCUUUCGAAGACAAACAACAUAUUUGAACAGGGUAGAGAUGUAGGUAAACUUGUUCGACAUUCCGCAAGUUUGGAGGUUGAAGAUACAGAUCUACAGCAAUAUUUUAGUAUCUUACAGAAUCUUCUGUCAGAUCCUGCAUAUUUCUCUGCUAAUACAGCUGCGCGGAAUGCUAAAACGAAAUUAUCCCAGGUUGGUUUUAUUAUAGAUUUUUGGAAAAAUGCUUUUCAAUAUUCUAAGUUCCAUUAAUAUUUUAAUAGAAAUAAACAACUCAAGAAUUAUGUGUUUGUAGUCGGUCCCAAUCAAAAAUAUUCGAACUAUUUUUCCAGAGCUAUUUGUUUUUUGCAACGUAUCAUUAUGGGAAUGUUAAGAACAACGUAGUCAUGUAAUAAAGCGAGUUUAAAGAACUUUGUUUAUAUCGGGAAUUUUUACCUCGACUAUUCGAAGGGUAGUCCGAGCCGUAGGGUCUGUGUCACACCGUGAUAAACGUUUUGCAUGCAAGUACAUACAGCUAUCAUCUAAAGGCAUAAAGCUUUGAAACUUAUUUCUUUUUGUAGGUCACUUACCAAACUUUCUGGGUCAAAUUCCAUAACUCUGACAUAAUGUAUGCGAAUUAUG